AUGUCUCUUGACACGACUUUGAAGAUUGUGGAGGAGGUUUGGAAACCAGGUGUAUUCAUUUAUAAAAGUUUGAGCGGUUCUGAUUGUAAGAAACUUGAACAAAUUGUGAAUAGUUUGUUGCCGACCGUCACAGAGAUGUGUGAGUCGAGUCCGGGAUCGUUACCAAAUUCAUGUGUGGAAAAUUUUCCAAAAUUCCUUAACAAAAUUGCCGAGGGCAAUCAGCUGGUAGAAGAGUACAAAAAAUGUAUCAAUCCAGUCCGGAAAAUCAAGAUCAACGAACGCGUUAAGAAGCUGGAGAAGUCUAUUACCGAAUUCAUUCAAAAAGAUCUUCAGGUCGUCAUGGCGAGCGCGCAGGCUUAUCUCUCGACCCAACUGGAAAGUAUGCGUGGCGUUCAGGUUUCAGUCUCCACCAAACUGGAAACGUUGAGUGAAGGAAUGGAAACUGUGCGUGUACAGGUAGAAGCAAUGGAAACUGGGAUGCAAACUCUGGGUAAAACUGUGAGUGAAGGAAUGGAAACUGUGUGUGUACGGGUGGAAUCUGUGCAACAAGGAGUAAAUAAUUUAAUAUCCAAAAUUGAGGAACAACAAAUUAAGAGAGCAGGGCAGCCGCAGGAUGAAAACAUCUGCAGGCCGCCAGAUACGCCAAGCGGCUUCCGGGGUUUCGAUGAACACAUAGAGAAGGUGAAGACGCUUGUGCUGGCGGAUGGAGUGAAUGUCAUUGAAAUUACAGCAAUGGGUGGUGCCGGAAAAUCAACACUUGCAGCGGCCGUUUGUAAUGACGAUGAAAUCAGAGGGCACUUUAAGGACAGGGUAAUAUACAUUGUAGUUUCAAAAAGCGUAGAUCUUCUAAGUAUUCUGAAGACCUUGUGGAGAAACAUUGUUGGUGUGGAAGCACCUGAUUUUACAGGUGUUGAGCACGCACAUGAUCAAUUGCAAUUGCAAAUAAAUUUGACAAAAAAUGAACCAAUUCUGGUAGUAUUGGAUGACAUUUGGUCGAAUUUCGAGGUAGGAAAACUGCUGUUUGAAGGGAAGCAAUACAAGACUCUAGUAACUACCAGAGCUAAAAGCGUCACCCCAAAGGGUCCGAGGACACGCAAUUAUAAACUACCGUCAUUGCAACCGAAGUAUGCUCUGUCACUUUUCUGUCACUAUGCCUUUGACAAACCUUCCAUUCCAAUUGGUCGUGACAAAGAACUGAUCGAAAAGGUGCAACAACAGUGUAAAGGUCUGCCACUAGCUCUUAAAGUAAUCGGUCGAUCUCUGUAUGGUGAGUCCGACCCUGUUUGGGAACGAGUUGAGAAAAGCCUUUCAGCAGGAGAACCUUUCAGGGAUGAUCACAAAGGGAGCCUUCUUAAUAAAUUGAAAACAAGCAUAGAUGUACUGGAGGACAAUGAAAGAGAGUGCUUUUUGGACCUGGGUGCAUUCCCACAAAGAAAAACCAUUCCUGCAAAGGAAUUGGUAGACAUUUGGGUUUAUGUUCGUAGAAUGAAGUGGGGCCAAGCUGAAAUGCUUUUAUGGAAAUUUGAAGAUCACCAUCUACUGGAUUUGAAGAAGAAUCCCGGGUAAGGAGCUAC